CGAGCCCAACCUGUGACUUGGCCACCAAGUUAAUCCUUCGAAAAUGAGUGGUCAAGAAGCUUUCAGAAGGUUGGCACAACAGCUACAAAGGGCUGGCGGUCCUGGGGGUGGAAGUGGUUUACCGGGUGGUCCUGUUCGAUUCUUCGCUGGGUCGGGCUUGUUGCUGGCUCUCGUUGGUGGCGGUAUCCUUCUCAAUGCUAGUUUAUUCAACGUCGACGGUGGUCAUCGAGCGAUAAAGUAUACCCGUCUGCAUGGUGUGAAAGACGACGUGUACAACGAAGGGACUCACAUUAUGGUUCCUUGGUUCGAGACUCCCAUCGUCUUUGACAUCCGAGCCAAACCUCGCAGUGUUGCUAGUUUGACAGGAACAAAAGACUUGCAAAUGGUGAACAUCACUUGCAGAGUGCUCUCUAGACCGUCGGUCCAAGCAUUGCCAAGGAUUUUCCGUGAGCUCGGGAAGGAUUACGACGAGCGUGUGUUACCCUCAAUCGUUAACGAGGUCCUUAAGAGUGUGGUUGCGCAAUUCAACGCGAGCCAGCUAAUCACUCAGCGUGAAAUGGUCUCCAGGCUGAUACGAGAAAAUCUCACACAACGAGCGUUGCGUUUCAAUAUCGUCCUGGACGACGUCUCCAUUACUCAUGUUGCGUUCUCACCUGAGUUUACACAUGCUGUGGAAGCCAAGCAGGUUGCCCAACAAACAGCACUUCGUGCGGCUUUCUUGGUAGAUCAAGCAAUACAAGAAAAACAGUCGAUCAUUGUGCGCGCACAGGGUGAGGCACGCAGUGCGGAACUAAUCGGAGAAGCAAUGCGGAAUAAUAAGGGUUUCCUCGACCUUCGGCGUCUUGAAGCCGCACGGGACAUAGCGAACGUAUUAGCUAGCUCAGGCAAUCGAGUCAUGCUGGAUGCGCAAAGUUUGCUUUUGAAUGUUACUGGUGAGGACGCCAAGGAGCUUCUCAAAGUUAAAAAAUAAUGUAAUGUCGGGGCCACUGUAAUUUGAACUUAUUCCAGCGCAUCACAUUGUGAUCUCGUGCCUCAAUAUGGG